CGCCUUGUCUUCCCUUCUUGUUCUCGACAUGGCGCGUAGGCUGAGUGGAUGUUAGAGUCUCGUCUGAAAACGAAGUUGAACGAGGCUUUUGGAGGGAAAAAUCAAAGCUAUUACAACUUUCUCAAACCUUUUAAUAUUAUUUUAUCACUGCGAUUUCAUAUUUAACGCCAAAUAAGAAUCAAAUCAUGGAGACAGAGAGCUCGUCGCUAAGCCAGUCUGUCGGUGAUUCGGUCGACGAAAACGUGAAAGGCUCCAUGGAUGUUGCCGAAGGCAGUGAAGCUCAAACAUCGACAAAUGAUGGGGACAUUUCCGAAGUUCCUCAUUCGUCCGACCAAGGCAUUGAAGAAGUUGAAAGACCAACUCAAGAUGAAGCGGUUGCUUCUACUGAUGUGACCGAAAUUCAACCCGUCGACCCACAAGUUGAUGUAAGUGAUGCAAACAUUGAUGGAUCUCAGAUCAUAACAAUUACAACUGUUGGGGAGACCAAUUUGUCAAAUUUGACUCAAGUAUCACAUGUUACAUCUGAUCAACAUGCUGAAGUCACACAUAUAUCAGGGCUGCCUCCUGGUGUCAGCUUGAUCCAAGCAGAUCAAGGUCAAGAUGGAGAAGGUGCUAUAUUCCUGCUUGUCACUGGUCCAGUAGAUGGUGAAGGUGGUCCUGCCAAUGCUAUUGCUGUGGAUGCAGCAACUGCAGCUGCCAUGGCAUCACUGCAGAACCCACUAGAGGCAGUAACAAGUGGACAAGCCAUUACAAUUGAGGAGUUAGCAACUGCAGUUAGCACCUCUAGGAAAAGCCAGAGUGAUUCUGUAGCAGAAAUUCUAUCAGGUUUAACUGGUGAGAGAAUGUCAUCAACAACAGAUGACUCAGCAGUUGUUCAAGUGGCUGCCAAUGCUGAGGCACAAGCAGCUGCAACCGGCAAGGCAUAUCCAACACCAUCAGAGGUAUCGCUUGCACAGGAUAUACUUGCACUGGCAUCUAGUGCAUUGUCAUCAUCAGCAAAUAAAGCCGAUGCUAAGGAUGUUAAUGCAGAAGAUCAGGAAGUGAAAGUUGAGGCGGCUGAAGAAUACACUGGUCCUGAUCUUGAUGGAAAACCAGCAUGGGCACAGUAUCUUGCAGAUUUCCAAAAAAUUGGUGAUAGCUACUAUGGUUUUGUCAAGAACGAAGUCGAGAUGGAUCAAGUUUUGAAUGCAUACAAGAAAGAAACAAACAGCCUGUUUGCAAUUAGACAGACUCCGUCCCCUGUGAAAGAAGAUAACGGGACAGUGAGGUUGAUGUGGAAAUCCCAACAUGUCCCAUAUGACGGGAUACCCUUUAUCAAUAUCGGCCGAAGAGCCACGGUUAUGGAAUGUGAGCACGGACCAAGAAAGAAGACAAACGCAUUAAAGAGAAUGUUUAAUAGUUCACCGGCGGAUAAAGCAUCUUUGAAGAGCGUUGUCAACCUCACCUGUCCAUCAAGGGUGUUUAUAAAAAAAGUGAGAAAGUUCCCAGAGUUUAAAGUUGUUUCAACAACGGAUCCAAAAAUUUUAAGAGUCCACCAAGAGCAGGCUUUAAAGCAACUGCGUGAACUUGGAAUGAACACGUGGUCAGGCGGUGAAAUACGGCUUUACAUGCAACUGCCCGACGCAAGCACCCAUCGUUAUCACAUGUUCGGUGCAUCAACAACUCCCACAGUAGACUCUAUUGCCUCGUCUGGGGAAUACAGAACAGACAUCAACCAAAGAGUCGUAACCAAAGUGAAGGAGGUCGUUCGCCAGGGCGUGACGUCACCAUUUGUUGUCAGACAGAUAGCAAGGAAUUACGUGGAGAAAGAAAUGGUCGCCGCAGGGGAGGAGAAAGUGCCGAAACACGAUAAAAAAUACUUUCCACCGAUGAUUGAAAUUCAGAAUCUGAUCCAGCAGAUUCAGGCUGAUUUGAUUUCAGGUGCUCUCACCCCCUUGCCUAUGGUAAGCUUGCAUCAUUCUGCACCGGCGGAAGGAUAUCCACAAGCAAAGCCAAAAAAGCGUAGAUCUUCAGCGAAGAUGUAUGGCGAACCAGCUGUUAAGAGGCUAGCCUCAAAUGGCGAUGUCGGAGGUAUUAAAAGGGAAUCAGAUGAGGGUGACAGCCUGGACGGAGCGGCAGAGUCAACUACCAUCGGAACUUUCUCACUCACUCUGCCCGAAGGCCAACUAGAAAACUUCUCCAUUGCUAAUUUGAAUAUGGAACAGCUGCAACAACUUGCAAAGAUUGGCCUCUUGGCUUUGAACAAUGUUACUUCAGGAAAAUCUAAUGUACCCUUGGCAACUGCCACUGUAACUGAUUCAGGUACAAUUGAAAUCGAGGCUUCAGUUUCUCAGGCUGAAAGCACAUCAACCGUCGAUACAUCAGAUCAAAUUCCUAACGAGGCUGUUGUACUGCUGACGUCAUCAAUGCAAGAUCAAGUUACGUCAUCAGAGGCUCAAGAGGCUGUACAAGCUAUUGAAUCUGUUGACGUAGCCUCGUCCUCGCUUGAAAAUGCACCGGCCUCUUCAUCAGCCGAAGAAUUGCCAAGCAUGGCUGUAUCUGAUAUGGAAACUGAGGAGGCACAACCUUCAACAACAACGGAUGAUGACGCCGCUAAUGACGGAUCAGUCGUAUCUUCUGCGGAGGCAACGACCACCACUGAAAACACAGAACCUACAAUGGAUGACGUGGAGGAAUCUUGAGCUGCUUGUUUGAAUUGUAUGAUAAAGGGGACGCUUGAGUUAAUCAGCUGUUAUGCCACUCACGAGUUCUUCAAUAUAUCAAACCAGCAGGAUGUAUUUUGUAUAAAACAUUAUUGUACCAGAAAGAACAAUCAAUGUUGCGCGUUUGCGCCAAGACGUUCGCUGUUCAUAGAAAAACAUGUUUUUAAAAGUAAGUGUUAACCGUGCCACAUUCAUAUUGAUCAUGUUAUUUCAAUCCCUUGUAUUUAUUAUCUGAUUCCUAUAUGAUCGUGUCACACUAGAUUAUUUUGUAGAUCAAGUGAAAUUCUAGAAAAGGUGCGAGUAUGCCUACUUGCAGGACAACAUAAGGUUGAAACACAAAGAAACCACAUCUAUGCCCAAUUGUCAUCAAAUGGUAUUAAGUUCCAAAUUAAGUCUAUGCAUUCCCUUCUUGCGAAUAUUUCGAUAAAUUUCCCUAAUUGCAAAACAUUUUGAAAAUAUUUUACACACCCCUGUUCACUUGUGUUUGAGCUAUUUGAAUGGAAUUUCGAUCGACGUUUGAGUGACAACCUGGAAGCAUAUGGUAGAAUCUUGUAUCCAGAACAGGAGUUCGUUUUUCACGAUAAAGAAAAUUAUCAACACAAUUGUAGUUGCUCUAAAUGUAUAAAUUCUAUUUCACGAUUAUGUUAUGGGUGGUUCGCAAAAGUUGUAGUUCUAGUUGGACAGCCACUUUUGUUUUGUAUUUUUUCAAUUACAUAGUCUUCAACAUUCAAUUCUUGUUACUUUUUGCGAGAAACAAACCCCAAGUUUCCCCGAAAGUCCAAACCCAUAAAACAACAAAUGUAUUUAAAUUGUAAUACCUUGUUUCUCUCAAAGAUUUCAAAGAUAAAAAAUUUAAGAUUCAAAUUAUGCGUAGCAACCAGAUCUUGGUACCCGUGCCUUAUUUUUGAAUCGAACUCUUAGGAAUAUUCGCUGCCACAAACAUCACCACACCCCCCC